AUGAAUCGCGUCGAUAGAACAGUAGCAGAGCUACAAACAGCUCAUAACCGUGCAUCUCAAGCUUCUUUACGCGUUGCUCUGAUCGCAAAUUUCGAGGCCAAAGAUCAGCCUGACGAAGAUAGCGUUUCUACGCACAGCGAGGAGGACUUGCCGCCUGUGAGUUCUCAUAAACGAGCUCAUAGCGAGGCUAAAACUGCUUCAAAAUCGAAGAAGCCACGAGAGAGUACUUCAACGCGUCAACGAGCAGCUGAGGCGGCUUUCCACGCUGCUAUACCAAACCCAGCUAUUGAGAUUGGCCGUCAGCACAAGUGUGAUCGACCUAACUGUCCGAAUAAUGGCUAUCACUGCUAUAAUCUCUCUCGAAUAGGCCAUUUGAAGCUUAAUAUGGCUAAUAUUCGCGAGUGGAGAGAUGCUAUAAAGGAUGACCCUGCUAUUAAUAUCUAUCAUCCUCCUCCAGGGGUGCUAACCUGGUUGAUUGAGGGUUAUAAGAAGCAGAAGGAGCAGAAUCAACAGCCUCUUGUUACUCCACAGCCUCUAAUAUCUACUACAGCUUCAUCAAUAGUAGCUGGCCAAGGGAUGACGCUCAAUAUUAACCUCUCAGGGGGUCCUCUGCCGGCUACUCCUAUCCACGAAAACGCAGAUAACAGGGCUCAAGAUACAGAUAUAAAGACCCCAGUUCCAUCUGCUAUAGCGCCAGCGUCAGCGCUACCCUUGCCAAGUAGCCCUAUCCUACAGGCCAGAGAUAAGGAUGCCCGACUACUCACCUUCAUUCAGGCUCGAAUCCGUGCUCGGCCUGCGCGCCGUGCUGCAUUUAACUAUGCACAGGACCUGCUGAUAAGUGCUGGCGUGAGUUUUUCAGAUUUGGCUAGUUUGAGCAACAAAGAAUGGAAGGAUAUUAGUAUCAACAUUGAUAUCAAGAUGGAUUUGCUAAAAAACGACAAAAUAUAG